UCACUCAGUACUGGCAGUAUCUGAUUGCAUCCCGUGACGGUUGGAUUGGCAAAAUGAAACUGUUGCUCAUUUUAACGGUGAUCGCUGCUGUCGCCUUCGCUGACGAAGAUGCGUCGUCUCGUUUGACUGGAGGUACCGUUACUCUACCGGGGCAAUAUCCUGCAGCGGUGAGCAUUGAUUCCCCUUACAACCUGCACUGCGGUGGAACCAUUCUGAACCGUCAACAUGUGCUGACCGCUGCCUCCUGCGUGAUGCACCCAACCACAUUCACCCUCAUCAAUCCAGUUUGGUUGCGUGUGAUUGCCGGUGAUGUUAAUUUGGUACCGGCUACCAGUCGCAGAGAGAUUCGAAACGUCACGCACCUCUUCGUACACCCGAACUACAAUCGGCUAACGGGCAAUAACGACCUUGCGGUGAUCCGACUUGGAACCCUGUAUCCAGAGAAUCACAACACUAUCGAACCGGCAGUGAUCAACACCCGUGUUUUAGCCGACAACACCCAGUGUCUGUACGCUGGAUGGGGAGCUGCCACAAAUGCUGCCAACGCCGCACUAAACCCUGCACAGCGAGUGAUCACCGCCCCGACAAUCGCAACAGCGUCGUGCAACGUUGCUACUGUGCAUGCCAAUCGCGUCCUGUCGACGAUGUUCUGCGCCGGAACCAUUGCGGCCAACGCCAAUACCGUGUGUCAGGGCAACAUCGGAGGUGGCAUCUACUGCAAUGGUCAGCUGGCCGGCGUUUUGUCGUUUGGAAUUACAUGUGGAGCUGCCAACAAUCCGGGAGUGUACAUCGAUCUCAGACAGUACCGGACCUGGAUUCAAAGCCAGUUUACGCGGACUGACAAUCCUGCCCCAGGAUGGGUAGUGCCGACUCCGUUGUAAAUGGGACGAACGAUAUUACGAAUAAACUUUAGUUACUUUA